UUGCUGUUAUUACAUGGAUGGCCUGGAUCUGUUGUUGAAUUCCAGAAAAUUAUACCCAUGCUAACAAAACCUUGGCCUAAUAAGAACUUCGUAUUUGAGGUCAUUGCACCAUCUCUUCCUGGAUAUGGAUUCUCAGAAGGAGCUGUUCGACAAGGAUUGACCACUUCUCAGAUUGGAAUCAUAUUCAAAAACCUCAUGCAAAGACUUGGCUUUGAAAAGUUUUAUGUUCAAGGAGGUGAUUGGGGAUCUGUUAUU